GGUUCGUGUGUUAUUGAGAUUCCACUUUCAAACUCUCACUGUCACACACACACACAGUUUUGUUCCAUCAUCAUUCACUUGUUCCUAUUCACACAAAAAUUUCCACCAACAUGCAACAACAACAUCUUCAUCAUCUCCACAAAAACCUCACAUAUCCAAAACCAAACAUCCUAGUCCAUAAAAAAAUCCAUUUUCAAACCAAAAAAUUCAUCACUCACAACACUACUACUCUCACAACCAAACCCUCAAAUUUUCUUCAUAUCAAAAAUAGGGUUAUUGCACCUGAAAAUGACACCAAUAUUAAUGUUGCUGAAAAUGACACCAAUGUUAAUAUUGAUGUUAAUGUUGAAAAUGAAAACUUUAUCAAGAAGAAUCAAUGUCCUGAGAAAAAGAGUUUCUGGGGUGCAGUUAGUUUGAUAAUUGGUGCAGCAGUUGGUCCUGGAAUGUUAGGUUUACCAUCAUUGACAAUAAAAUCAGGACCAUUACCAUCAACAAUCAUAAUCUUGAUUUCAUGGCUUUAUGUAAUCUCAUCAAUAAUUCUUGUAGCUGAGCUUUGUUUUGAUGCAAUGGAAAAUGAUAAUGUUGAUGAGGUUAGUUUCACAAACCUUGCAACAAGAACAUUAGGUCAAAAAUUUGGUUCAUUUGUUGCAUUGGUUUAUACAAGUUUAUGUUUUUCAUUGCUUGUUGCAUGUGUUGCUGGUAUUGGAUCAAUUUUAGCACCAAUUUUUCCAAAAUUCAGUAGUUUGGUUCUUCAUUCAUUGUUUCCAUUUGUUGUUGGAACAUUGAUUGUGUUUUUCCCUUUCAACACUAUUGAUUUUGCAAAUAGGGUUUUGUGUUUUUUCAUGCUUGUUUCGAUAACCGGAUUGGUUGGAAUUGGAAUUGUUGUUGCUAGAGCUAAUAUAAUAAGCUCUUUUGCUUCAAUUUCAUGGAAAUUUUCGUCGAUUUUGCCGAUUAUACCGGUUGCUGUGUUAACAUUAGGGUUUCAUGUGAUUACUCCUUUUAUAUGUAAAAUUGCUGGUAAUACUAUUGAUGAAGCAAGAAAAGCAAUACUGAUCGGCGGUGUUGUUCCUUUGGUAAUGGUUCUGUCAUGGAAUUUGAUAGUGUUGGGACUUGUUGGAGCUAAUAAAGGUCCAGACUUUGUUGGUGAUCCUAUUACCCUUUUGCUUUCUGUGAAUCCUUCUGCUUUAUCUGCUGUUCAAGGAUUUGCUUUUUCGGCUAUGGCGACCAGUUUGAUCGGUUAUGCUGUGAGUUUGCCUAAACAGAUUCUUGAUACUUUGGAAUUGGUAUCUGGAAAAGGUGAUGAUAAUGAGUAUGGAAAGGGAAGAGUUGGAUCAGUUUUCUAUGGUGGCAACGGCGGUGAUGGUGUUGGUUAUUCUGGGAAGGUUGGAUUUGGAAGUUCAACAGAUUUGAGUGAAAUCAGAUUGAAUGAGGAAAGAUUUGAUGGAAUUAAAUUGGUUGUAACAUUGUUAGUACUUUGUUUUUCGGUGUUGAUAGCUUCGUAUUUUAGAUCUACUUUUUCGAGAGCUCUUGAUUUUGCUGGUGUUUAUGCAAAUUGCUUUCUGUUUGGGAUUAUUCCUCCUGUCAUGACUUGUAUUCAUCAACAAUCCAAGAAGGGGAAAAUCAGGCCAUCUUUCAUUCCAGGGGGAAAUGUGACACUUCUGCUGCUUUUCACUGUCUCAGUCAUUUUGGGAAUUUGGCAUUAGAUGUUCUUCAAAAGACAAGGCUUAGAAGGAUUUGGUUUAGCUGCAGUGGAAGUACUCCGCCGUCACUGCAAUCGGUAAAUUUCAACUUCCGAAUUGAGAUUGGAAGGUUCAUAUUUCAAAUUUGAAUUCAAAAUAUGACUUGGUUAUGUCGGAAAUCGGAAUAUAAGUCAUCUAAUCUUAAUCCAACGGUCGAGUUCUCUGAAUACUUUAAAUGAAUAGUAUUUCGACAGUAGACAAUUCGGAUUCGGCCUAGAAAUAGGACAGAUUCUGUAUGGAACAAUAAUGAUGUAGCUCAUUCUGUCAAGCAUUCAAGCCAUUUUCAUCCUUUUUUAUAUUCCAAUAGUUUAUAAUUAGUAAAGGUGGCUAUCAUAUAAUAUGAUUCAUAUUGCAUAAAGUAAACAGGAUUUAAUAAAGAAACUAUAUGAUUGUCAGAUAA